AUCUUAGUUAAUUUAUUAAUUUACUAGACCUACUGUUGACCAAUAAUAACUUGUGUUUGGGUUGACAAGGUUGACAAAAGAGGAAGAAAUAAAGCACAGAACAGAAUGAUCAAGGAAUGAAGAGGAAGUUACACACAACUGUCUGGUCCACAAGCCUGAAUCCCAAAUGGCAUCCUAUUCCCUAUGUAGUGCAGAUAAAGAGAAUAUGGUGCCAUUUGUUUCACAUCCCAAUAGUCUCCUUCUUAUUGGUGAAUAGAGCCUUGAAACAUCCUGUCAUCAGCUGUGGACCACAGACAGAGUGAUUUCCCAGAAAACAGAGAAGUACAGGAUUUAGACACAUGAGACCAACUACUGCUCAGUCAGUUAGAAAGUUAAGAUGGCCGACUACGUCAACAAACAGGUGAUUGAAUUGAACAAAGUUACUGAAGAAAACCGGAAGAGAUUAACGAGGAGCGUGAAGACUGAGACCCAUCUCUCAGAUGGAAGACUAAGACUCUACAGGCUGGCUGCUGUGUGUUUAGGAGUGCUGUGUGCUCUACAAGUCACUCUCAACAUCUCCCUGAGGCUGGCUUUCUCCGGCUCUAACGACGAGAGAAACCAGUUAGAGACCUGUUACAACACCACCAGCCUGCCGCAAGACAGAGACCAGUCAGAUACCAGUAGUCGUGUCAUUGACCUGUGUACAGAAAGAGACCAGCUGCAGAAGGAGAGAGACCAGUGCCGGAAGAACAUGAACCAGCUAGAGAGGAUGAGAGGCCAGUUACUGAGGGAGAGAGACCAGUUACAGAGUGAGAGAGACCAGUUACUAAAGGAGAGAGACCAGUUACAGAGUGAGAGAGACCAGUUACAGAGUGAGAGAGACCAGUUACUAAAGGAGAGAGACCAGUUACAGAGUGAGAGAGACCAGUUACAGAGUGAGAGAGACCAGUUACGGAGUGAGAGAGACCAGUUACGGAGUGAGAGAGACCAGUCAGAGAAAACAGACGACAAAAUACUGUUACAGGAGCGUAAUAAUGCCCUGACUAAAGACAGGGACAUGUUGAGAGACAGGGUCAGUGUUCUGACCAAUGAGAAGGUGGCGCUGGAGAAGAGGCUCUCUGUGAGUGAGCUAAAUAUUUGUCCGAAAAUCUGCAAUUGUUGUCCGGAGGGUUGGAUGCUGUUGGGAUCCAGCUGUUACUUCCUGUCGACUCAGAGGAAAACCUGGGAACAGAGCAGACUGGACUGUCUGAACAGAGGAGCAGACCUGAUGAUCAUAAACAGCAAGGAGGAACAAAAGUUUCUCUGUGGCCUCAACAAGAUUGUCUGGAUUGGUCUGACUGACUCCGUUACUGGGAGGACACGGAAAUGGAUGCAUGGCACACCACUGACCACGGCAAGCUAUUGGAGGAGUGGAGGCCCUUAUGGUGGUGGAGUGGAGAACUGUGUGGUUGUACGUUACUGGUCAUCAGGAUACAGAAAAGGGUGGGACUAUCAGUGUUCAAAUCCACAGUUCUGGAUCUGUGAAAAAGGCCUCUUGUAGGUACUGCUGUUUAAGGAACUCUGAAGACGGAUUCUAUAUUUUGUUAGAAUGGCACUCUGAACUAGACUUUGGAAAGAAAGGCACACACACACACACACAAGCAUGAACACAUACAAAACAAAUGAGGUAUAUAUCACCCAAUAGCUGCUGUCAAUGUUUAAAUGUACAGUUCAUUAUGUAGCAUUGCAUGUAGGCUGUACACAAUUCUCUCUCUCUACCGCUACCUUUCUCAUGUUGAUGGUUGUUUACACUGUUGAAAGGUUACGUGAUGAUUCCACCUAGUGGUUAACGUGAGAGAUGGACUCACCAUAGAGUUGAAAAAGUGGUAUUACAGACUGGCCUACUGGCUUUUCCUCAAUUCAUCCUUCCUCGAUUACUCCUCGCAUCCUCUCUCCUCCCCUCCUUCUCAAAACACAUUG